UAGCCGCGGAGUCGAGUUCACGAGUCAGUCAGUCAGUAUUGUCGAGCGUAAUUGGUUGCGUUUUUCUGAAUCACCCAACACAUUUCACCCAAUAUAUACCUAGUUAUAGUAGUUAUACAGCACGGAGCACACAACAGCCAGCCAUAAGCGCCUCUGGGAGCAGAGCACAGCAUCGGAACGGAACGAGAACCCGGAGGAAGAAUCCAGUGUGGUGAGACUACAGACGUUGACAGAAUUGAAAUUCUAGCCAGAUAUUGGAAAGUCCGUUCUUAAGGCCGAAAUACAGUUGAUCUGUAUACGUAUGCAAGUGGAAGAGCUUGGAUAGCGCAGAGGCCGAGUAUUGUGACAGUGUUACAGUGUGUGAUAUAAUCGAGUUUGAGAGUUUGCCCUGAUCCAGCCGAGCAGCGCUGGACUAACGACGGAAGAAGAAAUCGAUCGGUCGGAACAUUGACGAGCGGAACCAAUCGAAGUAGGAAUAGACUAGCUUUUCGAAACACGCUGGCGCGUCCCAAUCGAGCACGGAUCGAGAAUCAGCCAGCUGGAGCGAUUAGUUGCUACAAUUGUAUUUUACUGUAUUGCAAUCGAUCAUAACUGCGCGUUCGCGUUUUGCCCAUAGCCGCCGUAGAUCUACGUAACGUGUUUUCGUUUCGGGUUUCUUUCCUCAAGCAGUGAGGUGUUAGUUUUUCGGUUGACCAGAUUUUUCAGUGAUAGUCCCGAGUGAAAAGCAAGACAUUUGACCUAGGAAGUGGUGUAGCGUGCAAGAGAUCAGCUGCGUAACUUCGUAACUCGUCGCCAUCGUUGUCGGCGUGACCUUCGCGUGCUUGUGGUGGUCGAAAAGUGACUAUCAGCACUUUCGUGAAAGUUCGUUUGGUUAACUGUCGCUGGUAACGCACUGUGCGUGCGGUUGUCCAUCAAUCAAGUGAGAUUCUUGGAAGUAUAGCACCCAAUAGUGAUAACUCGAGAGUUCGGCUAUCCACUGCGGAAGAAUUUUAAUAGUCGAUUCCCACACCGGUACAAAUAUAUACAUAUUGUGUGCUCAACGAAAUAUACGUAUAUAUCGGUAAUUAGUAAACCACCGUACGAGUAAAUACGUAAAUACGACGAGAGGAGAAGCUGAGCUGCAGUUUGGCUCCUUCCCUUUUGAUUCACGAUAAAUUGCAGUCGCAUCGCAUCGCAGCAACCACCGACGUUUCCACCGUCGCCUCCGUCUGCAGAGUAGAGUGAGUGAGAAGUGAGAAGAAUAUUAAGAGCAAAGAUAAAAUCAAAUAUAGAAGAAAAAUCUAGUAAAAUCGAAGAAAAAUCCUACUCGCCGGAGAUUUUGUCAGCAGCAGCAACAGCAGCAGUAGUGCGCAUCAUCAGCUCCAUCAAUAGCGGCUUCUUCAGCUGUUAAUUUUUCCUCUUUUCCUGUGGAUCGGAUCAACGAAAAUUUGUUUUCAUGAUAUCUGCUUGGAUAAAUCCCUAUAAUGAGAAGGUUGGUAUUAAUUGAAUACAUGCACUAUUGCUAGUUUGACCUCCCGCUACCGCUCGAAGUUGUCGGUGAAAACCAAUCAAUCAAAUUACGUGAAUUACAAACAUCAUCCAUCGUUCACCCCCUAUCGUUGUCAUCAUCAUCAUCGUCGGCAGCAACAGCAGCAGACCAUGUUUUUGCUGUCUAGUAAAAUCGAUCUAAACUACAACGUCCAGUGUGGAACUUUGAAAGUUCCCGACUCGUACAACGCGCGGAUCAUGGAUGGCUAUCAUGUACAGGCUCAGGACGGCAGCAACCACCACAACACCUACUCAUACCACCACCAUCAACAACAUCAGCAGCAGCAGCAGCAGCAGCAGCAGCACCACCACCAGCAGCAGCAGCACCAUCAUUAUCAGCAGCAAAAGUACAGCCACCAUCAGCAGCACCAGCACCACCAGUUGAACCAGCACCAGCAAAAGCAUCACCACAACAGCACCAAUGUCAGCAGCUACACGACACAGAACUAUGCUCACUCGGAUGCAGGCUUCGUGUCGCCACCACCAUCACCCCGUUCCAACAGUUCGCUAGCUUCCUGUGCAUCUUCUUCCUACUCGUCGGCUUCCUCGUCGUCGGCGGUGUCUUCGGCGGCGUCCACUUCCUCGGGGCUGUCGUCGGCCGGGUCCGAGAAUGGAUCCUCGUACGAAAACCUGGACAAUUCGGCCCAACGGCUAGCGGUACUGUCUUUCGAGCAGCUCAAGAAGCUGAACGAUGUCAUGAACGAACCCGUCGCUAUCCACGGUCGUGGAAACUUUCCGACCCUGGAGGUCAAGCUGACGGAUCUGGUGAACAUAGUGCGGGAUAAGUUGGAGGCCGACAUUGGUUCCGGUGGAGCCGGUAUGAUUGUGAAGGAUAUUCGCCUGAACGGAGGCGCCGCUAGUCACGUGCUGGCUUCGGAAGCACAGCCAUACAAUGAUCUGGACUUGAUCUUCGCUGUGGAGUUUAGCUCAAACCGACACUUUGAUCGUGUCAAGUCUGCAGUGUUGUCUUCGCUGUUGGAUUUGCUGCCGGAGGGCGUGGUCAGGCGGAGGAUAACGCAAUGUUCACUCAAGGAAGCAUACGUCGGCAAGAUGGUAAAGGUGAACAACAACAACGACGGCGAUCGCUGGAGUCUGAUCUCGCUGGGUAACUCGCCAGGGCACAAGAAUGUCGAGCUGAAGUUUGUCGAUACAAUGCGUCGGCAGUUUGAAUUUAGCGUCGACUCGUUCCAGAUUGUGCUGGAUUCGCUGCUGUUGUUCUACGACUGCACGGAGAAGCCCAUGAUUACGGAGAAUUUCUAUCCGACCGUCGUUGGAGAGUCGGUGUAUGGCGAUUUCCAGGAAGCUCUGUACCACUUGCAAAAGAAGCUGAUAUCGACGAGGCAACCGGAGGAGAUCCGGGGUGGAGGACUGCUCAAGUAUUGCAACUUGCUGGUGAGGAACUAUAUUCCAGUUGAUGAGCAGAAGAUCAAGACGCUGGAGCGUUACAUGUGCUCGCGGUUCUUCAUCGACUUUCCGGACAUUGACCAGCAGAAGAUCAAGCUGGAAAGUUAUCUGAGGAACCAUUUCUGGGGUGAGGUUGAGGAACAUCUACAGUACCAGUACCUGAUGCAUUUAUACGAUGUGGUUGAACAGAGUACGGUCUGUCUAAUGGGUCACGAGCGUCGCCAAACGCUGAUGUUGAUCGAAUCGCUGGCCGUGCAGGUCCUUUACCGCGACCAUCCACAUAAUCCAGCCACCAUCAUAACGACCACGAGUACGUUACCGCAGCACACGACCAUGUCGCUGCAACCGCUACAGACUCAGCUGUCGCAUCUGAGUUUACAGCCCCAACAGCACUCGCCAGUGCAACAGACUGUCAUUCACCACCACCACCCGCAGGGCGCUCACCAGACGCAAACCCUUCAACUUCAGCACCCGCAGGCCAUGAUCCAGCAGCAGUCUCCUCAGCAAGGACAAGCUCAAGCACAGCAGCAGACCAUCUCGCUUGCACCGCAGCCUGGUCUACUCUACGCAAACGGAAUCUACUAUGCUCCAGUCAUCCCGACGACGCUCUGCACGUGCAAUGCCACGUGGCUAACGACGUGAUCGGUGCUGGAGGAAUCGGAUAGCUACAGCAGCAACAACAUCAAUAACAACAACAUCAACAACAACACGGCGGCACCCCUGCUAGUGGGAUCGAUCAUAAGCUUCACCACUACGCCGAUCGUGGCGACAUUCGAGCCGCAGUCGCACACACCGUCAUCGUCCAUUUGCUGCAGCAGCAACAUUAACAACAACAACAACAACAACAUUUACAAUGCAGACAACAACAAUCGUUACAUUACGAAUAUUUUAGUGUCGGAUAGAUGAUUACUAGGACAGUAAGCAAGGUUACACAUUAUCUACACCAGCUCCUCCCCCAUCACACUCAAAUUGCGUCCGUUCGAAUGAGAAAGAUUCGAUGAUCCGGAAAAACCCGUUUUCCACGAUGGUUAAACUGAAACAAAUCGGGAAAACAAUAUUUAAAAUGACAUGCUCCUAACCUAAGAACCAACACACAACCAACAGGCAGUGGCGUCGACAUUGGUAAAAUGAAACCCUCUGAAAAUUGAUGUAAAAUUAUAAAGCAAUAACACACUCAAUUUGUCCCUUCCUUUUCUCCCUCCCCCUUCACCUUUGGACCCAGUUCCCCUUUUCCCUCGUUUGGAAAACCCACCGGUGUCCUCUAUAGUUUCAAAAAUCCACACCCCGUGAGGGUAACUGUUUUGUGAUAGCACAACGCCAUCUAUAGCUUAGAGAUGAGAUCGAAGAACCAACUACACACACACACACACACACGACGACGAAAAUACAACAAAAAUGUCAAACAGCAACAAUGUACAAAUUUGUAAAAAAAAACAACACUUAACAAAACUAACGGAAAAUCGUUUUACAUAGAAUACGGGUGUGAGGGUGUGUAUGUGCGAUUGUGGAUGUAUUUGCGCAAAGAGAGCUGAGAGCGGAAAUCCACACUCGGAAUUCAAUUAAUCACCAAUUUCAACAUUUUCCUUCCCGAUGUGUAUGUGUAUGAUGUGUAUCGUAAAUACAAGCAAAUGGAUAUACAAACAAAACAAAAGAAAACAUUUAUAUUAGUGUCUGUAGAGUCGUAGUGGCUGAGAACCAACCUGUGGCGGCGGCUGCAUAAAGCCAGCCCGAUGUUUGAACAUGGACAAAUUGUGAUUUUAAGAAAAAAUAAUAAUAAUAAGGCUGUCACUCGAGGAAGGAAAAGGAGGAGGAAGAAGAACGACGAUGCAAUCGAGUGACCGUCCAGGAGCUGAGAAAAUACUAAGCAAUUUUAACUAGGUGUUCAGAAAACAAGCAAAACGUUGACAUUUUUAGAGCCCUUUUCCCACUUUUACCCAGGUAGUUUUUUUUUCAUUUCGGAAUGGCACAUAACAAAAAAUCAAAACAAAUGAAAACUAAUCAAAGUGACGCCACUGUUUGUUGUUGUUAUGGCUGUAACGGUUGUCUGUAUGGUUGCGAUUGGGCAUCGUAGGCCGCUAGCGGUGCAUACCGCAGCUACAAAGGGAAAUGGAAUUAAAAUGCAAUUUUUCUUUUAUUUCCAAGGAAAUUAUGUAACUGAUCGUGACGAGGUGCGUUAAUGGUCUUUUCCUAAAUGGUUCGGUGCAUUUUGCUUUGUGUGUCUCUAUUGGCAGUACGCUACCAGGUGAAUCAUUUGUUGUGCAAAUCGUUGCGAGGGGGUCCGGAAAGGGUUGUAAUGCGAAGUUGUAAGUGUUUAUAGCAACUUUUAAUGCACUUUGUUUUUGAAGGUUAUGCAAAAUGAUAAUGUUACCUCAGCGCAAAACGAAUCACGGAACAAAUUUUAAAAUUGUUUCCGAAACUUCAAACUCAGGAUGGUACGCCCAA